UUGUGAUCUUUAGCCUUUAGACACUUGAGAUGAAAAAUAUUUGUUAAAUUCUCAAAUAAUUGCACAGUACUGGGAAUGUGCAGAACUACAUAUUUUCAUAACCAGUUGGAGGGUUUUAUGAGAGAUUAGAACAGAGAAUUAUGCAGGAAGCCCUGCAUGGCAGAUCAGACACAUUUUAAGUACAGUACUAAGAUCAUCUUUAAACAAACAUACAAAUAGAUAAAUGCCAAUUGUAAUGAAAAAUCAAAUCAGGUAAAAAUGUUAAGAAUAAGCAACAUUAUUAGAAGAAAAAGCUACACGUUGACUUUCUAGUAGUCUACAAGCAAACAGUUUACAUUGGGUGAAAUGGCAAUUUGUAUCAUUUCUCAGUGUUUUUUUUACAUUAUUUUUUAAUAUAUACACAGUAAGCAGACAGGAAAUGACUGCUCAGUGUGGUCAUAGCGGUGUAGUUAAUGUUUAGUCUCUUAAAGCAUUAGUACACAGCGGUGCAGUCCACACACUAGCAACUUUGACUCUAGACGACUCAGCAUUGGGAUACGAGAGAUGGAAAGAAAAGAUGUAGUGGAGGCGAUCACUGAUGUCAACAGAGAUGCUAGAAACCGUCAUAAUGUCAGGACAGAAACGGAGAACCCAGACACCAAGAGACACCAAACACCUCGACACACAGGAAGUGUUUGUUUGAAGGUCAGAAGCUCCAGAGCAGCCCCAGUGUGUUUGAUGCUGCUGUGUGUUCUUCUGCUGACUGCAGUCAUAGUGCUGGGUGUCAAUCUCCACAAUAUGAUUGAGGAGUUUUACAUCAAGAACAAAAACCUCACAGACGAGAUAGAAGAGUUAAAAAACAGAAAACACAGCUUGGACAAAAAUAUUACAGAAUUAUCAGCUACGAAUAAACACCUAAUUGAACAAAAACCUGAUUUACAGAAGAAGAUCGAUGAAUUGUGGAAUCAGAUAAGCAAAAUGGAUGGAUGGGAUUGCUAUCAAUCCAGUCUCUACUAUGUUACCUCUGAGAAGAAGAGCUGGACUGAGAGCAGAAGAGACUGUACAGAGAGAGGAGCAGAUCUGAUCAUCAUAAACAACAGACAAGAACAAGACUUUGUGAAAAAGAAGAACAAAGAAAUGUCUGGUGGUUCUGAAAUCUGGAUCGGUCUAACUGAGGUGGAGGAUACAUGGAAAUGGGUUGAUGGCAGCACACUGACCCCUGGGUUCUGGGCGUCUGGAGAACCUAGUGAUAGCUCUGGUAACGAGGAUUGUGCUGUAAAUCUGUCAUCAGGGUUUGCUGAUUAUUCAUGUGAUAAAACUUUUAAAUGGAUCUGUGAGAAGAACAAUUCGAAGAACUAAUUACACUAAACGGUUCAUAAAGGGUUUUUACAACAUGUUUGGUCUCAUGUAAUAAACCAUCUUUAUCACUGAAACUCUGAGUAAUUUCGUAUGAUCCUAUUAUAUUUUGUUACUGAUACAACAUCUAGCAAAGUCACACUUUGUUAAAAGCUAAAAAAUGUUUCAAUUAACUCAACGGAUAAGUUUGGGGUGUGGCUAUUUAGUUUUUCCUUCAAUUCUGCCUGGUAACGGAUUGUGACGCAGAAACUAAGAUGUUUGUUUAUCUUUGUAACACAAAUGAAGAUAUUUUUGUUGAAAUCCGAGAGCUUUAUGACCCUGCAUAGAUAGCAAUGCAAUUGACACGUUCACAGCCCAGAAAUGUAGUAAGGACAUCGUUAAAAUAGUCCAUGUGGCAUCAGUAGCUUAACCUUAAUUUUGAACAUGUGAACAUGGUAGUUGCGUUGCAGGGUCAGAAAACUCUCAGAUUUCAUCAAAAAAUAUCCUAAUUGGUGUUCUGAAGAUGAACAAAGGUGUUAUGUGUUUGGAACAACAUGAGGGUGAGUAAUUAAUGACAACUAUUCCCUUUUAAAAAAAAAGAAAAUAAUGCAUUUCAGUCAUUUAUGAAAGUAAAAAAAAAAAAAAAAAGCAAAUUCAACCAAAGGCUAAACAAUAUGACCAGUUUUUCUAGCAGUCUACAAAAAAUGUGUGUGGGGGUGGGUCUUUAUCUUUAUCAUUUAUCUGCAAAAAUGUUUUUAUAUAAGCAAACAGGAUAUGCUCAGUGUGGUCACAGUGGUGUAGUUAACGUUCAGCCUCUUAACUCUUUCCCCGCCAGUGUUUAAAAAAAAAAAGUUACCAGCCACUGCCACCAUUUUUAAUGAUUUUCAUCUAAAUUUGACGGCCCUCAGAAUAUUUUCUGGUAUGAAUAUAUGAACAUAUUAUAUAUCAAAAUAAAGAACCGAGCCGCUGCUUUAAAAAUAAAUAAAUAAAUAAAAGUUAUUCUAUCUUCAUGUGUUCAUGUUUUAUCACCACUUAAAUGCACAUAAGUUUCAUCAGAAAUACAACAUUUUGGACAAAAAACUGAGAAAAAAUUCAUUUUUAUCAAAGUACUGCAUUUUCAAGCAAAAUGCAUUCAAAUGUCACAUUCUUUCACCUGUAA